AAUUUUUUAAAUUUCAUAAUACCCAUGUAUAUUAUUGUAUAUUAGUGUAUAUUGAUGAUGAAUAAUCUCAAGUAUCAAGCUGGUGAUCUGGGAGUAUCACCAGCUACGGUGAACUCAAAUUGGAAUUUUAUACCAGAAGAUGAGCUCAAAGAACAGCUUAGAAAAUUUAAAUACACAUAUGUAGAAGCGAUAAAUAAGCUUAUAAAAUUUGAUAAACAAAGAAUUUUUAGAUUCCCGGUGGAUACUAAUAUUGUAACAGAUUAUUAUAAUUAUAUUAAACAUCCGAUGGAUUUUGAAACAAUGUUAAAUAAAAACGAUGACCAAAUUUAUAAAGAUGAUAUCAGAGUCUUUGAUAAUGAUGUUAGGUUAAUAAUUGAUAACUGUAAAACGUAUAAUUCUCCGGAUACGGUGUUUUACGAAGCCGCAGUUAAGCUUGACGAGUUUUAUAGUAGGAUGAGACCACUUUUAGUUAAAAGAGUUAACACAAUUUGUAAUUUACUCAAUAGAAAAGUCCUUUCAAACACUAGAUCUAGGCAUAAACCUCCAAUACAAAGAGGUUUAACACCUCCUUUACAGAGCACUUCUUCACGUUCUUUUGAGAUUCCAGUAACUAAUCUCGGUAAAUCUGAGUCAUCUUUAUUAUCUUUUCCAUCAACAGAGUCUCUAUCAUCUCAAGAUCCUAAGGCGGAAUAUGUUGAUAUUUCAACACUUCCUAUCAUUAAGAGGAAGAGAAAGAAGGGCGACCUUCUUAAACAAAGACCUUCAACUAACAUAAAUGAACUAAUUGAUCCUUUAUCAACUGUAAUACAGCUGGCACUUACAGUUUCUAGACUUAGUAAUGAGACUUUUGGGAAAUUAAUGUCAAAUUUUAAUGGCCUUCCGAGGCUUUUAAACUCACUUGAUGUUGCUCAUCAUCAACUCUCACUUACAAAUUACACUGGCGGUAACUGGGAUAAAAAAUCACUAAACAGGUUAAAAAGAGUAAUUAGUAACUUUGAAUGGAAGAGGAGUUUCGAUUUUCAAACUCCAACUGGUAGGAGUCCUUUGUAUUCUAAGAUCCAGCUACUACUCUCAAAGACCCAAAGGGAUAGUUAUAAACACACUGUUGAGAAGUUUAUAGGCCCUGAAAACCUACAAUUAAUCAAUCAGGUCAUUCCUAACCUCUCGAAUACUCUCAAUGAGUUAUCUCUACCUCAUCAAAUCCUUUUUAAUGACUCAGAUCUUAAGUUCUAAUCUAUAAUUUCACAAAUACACAUAGUAUAUAUAGCUUAGUAUAGGUAAGUCCCCGGUAGUCGAUUUUCCUAAAAGUCAUCCAAAUAGGUACAGUACUAAUCACAUAUUUUAGGCUCCAGUAAAUCAGUAUAUAUAGCUAAUUUUUUUUAUU